AUGUCCUGCGGUGGAGCAAUUUUUGUAAACUGUAGUUAUGUUGCAGAAUCUUUGGAGUCAGUAGCGGCGAUGGAUUCGCAUGAGGCAACGACGACGGACGCGGUGAAGAAGGAGCAGGAGGAAGAGCGGACCACUUCACCGUGCCGCUCGUUUAGCUCCGGUGAGCUCAGUGACGACAGUGAUGUUGCUGCUGAUGAUAACGCUUGCUGUGGUGUUGCUAAUGAUUAUGACUACGAUGCAGCAGUUGAAGAUGAGGUUGAACUGGAGGAGCAACAUACAUCAAGAAAUGGACUUGCUGAGGGUCGCCAAAAACGCUUUAAUAAGACUGUCCGUUCGGAUGAAGAAUCCGGUGAUUCUGAACAUUCCGAUCCAGAAGCCCAUUCCAGGAGAAAUGAUGAUAAGCUUUUUUCCAGCGAAAUGCGCAUUAUGCACACGAAUGAGAUGCGUUUAUUGCGAGAAACCUUUGAAGAAUUGAAAAAAAUAAUGAGCGAGCGCGGAAUGGAUAUAAUGUCAACCAAUAUUGGCCGGGAUGUUGCGGAAUUUUUGCAUGAAAAAGAGCAGUCAGCGAAUGCGGGGCAUAUUGAAUCACAGACAAGCGUACCUGUUUCUGCAUCAAAAUCCUGCCCGGGAUCAUUCGGUGUAUUAUCAACGAACCAGAACUUCCCUUUGAAUCGUUCCUCUACAACGAAGCCACACUUUCGUGCUGAACGGACUUUAUCAAAUGUUGGUCCGUCUGUUGCUCCCUCAGGAAUUGGUUCUGUUGCUAUCCCACCCGCUGAUUUUUCGAUUCCACCACCGACGAUAAAUCGAGCGGAGCUUGGUCGAAGUGAUCGGACAUACGGCAACCCUGGCACUUCUACGGUUGAUAUGUCUCCAACAGCCAACGCCGUACGAGCAUCGAUAAGUGACACAGAAUUGUCCAGGGAAAGGCGUUCGUUAUAUUCGAAACAUUUCAUUCAAGGCAAACUACUAGCAAACGACCAUACAAUGGAAACAUUCAGUGAAUCACCUUUCGGGCCACGUAAUGGAAAUAUGGUAUCCAGAGAACAUGGAGCAUUGAGUUUCGGACCACGAUUUGCUCCCGAAAUGGAGCAUUCUGGGCCAUCAGCCGGUGGUGUGCCGCGACUAGCGCAUCUCUCCUCCUCUAGGUCUCACCGUUACGUUGGACCAUCACUUCGCGAUGGUUUUUUGCAUAUGGAUGACCGUGGUACUUCAUUUUUGGAUUCCGGAUGCUCUCCGUUUUUGCCUGAAAGAGGAAUGCCGUUCUCGAAUAGUAGGAUUGUUUCGAUGUAUGAUGAUGGGCGAUUACCAUUCCACCAAUAUGAACACUUACAAGGUGAAGAUGCAAUCCGAAUUCGACACGUCUGGAACACACGCUCAUCGACUCAUCAAAAGAACAGGGCAAUGCAGCAGGGACGGGAAAUUUUUCGCGAUCGGAAAACUUUUCGCAUCAGACGAGCCAGACUACCAGAAGUGCGGGAUCAUUCACGAUCACCGUUAUGCAUUCCGAAAACUGCAGCCACAGCUAGCAUCUCAACGGGUGAAAAUGGCAAUGAAAGAAAUGUGACGUCAUCAAGCGCAACGAGCCGAACGGCAGAAUUACUUCCUGGAGUAAAUGAACCAGUGAGCGAAACAGCUGAGAAAUAG